AUGUUGUUCAUCCUUUUUGCUUUAGUCUUGUCUUGCGACUGCUAUGUACACAACAGAGCUGGCGUUGUGACAACGAACUGCGAGCAUGAACCAGUGCUUGUCCAUCACGAAACCAUCAGAGUGAAACAAAAACCAGUAGUUGUUGAGCCGAACCACGUUGUUGUCGAUGCCCCAAAUGUUGUCGUAUCUGAGCCACGUGUCCAUCUGCCACCAGAUCAAGUCAUCGAACAAGCUCCAAUUCAUAUUCCACCGCACCAAGUUAAUGUGCAUGAACCAGAAGUCCUUCUUUCCCAACCGCACGUCAAUCUUCCGCACGAUAAGGAUAUAAAAAUGGAACCGAUUGUUGUGCCGCCAUACCAUUUAACUGUGAAAGAACCGCAAGUUCAUCUGCAAGAACCAGUGGUUAAAGUUCCAUCACCACGUGUUGUCGUUCCUGAUCUAGUAACUGUUCCAAGACAGCAUAUUGAGGUGAAACAACACAAGGUAGUUGUACCAGAGCCCAACAUAAAAUUACCAGAGAGACAAGUUAUUGUUCCACCACCAAUCGUUCUUCCACGCCAAGAAGUCCUUGUACGAGAACCCGAAAUCAUUCACAAUAAACCAUAUAUUCGUCACGAGUUUACUAGGCGAAACAUGUAUGAGCCCUGCGAUAAUGACUUCCUGAUGAAUACCGUCAUUAAUUAA